ACAAAGCAAUAAAGUAGUUACCAACAAUAUGAGUGAAGAAAACCCCAAUAGGAGCAGACUCCAAAUACUCACUUCACACUUCACUCAUCAGAAGAAGUCAGCCAUGGCUUCUGAGAAAGAAGCUGCUCUUCUUGCUGUUCCUUCAGAUUCUCCUACCAUAUUUGACAAGAUCAUUAACAAGGAAAUCCCAGCAGAUAUUGUAUUUGAGGAUGACAAGGUUUUAGCUUUCAGAGACAUAAAUCCCCAAGCUCCUGUGCACAUUUUGCUUAUUCCCAAGGUCAGGGAUGGCUUAACCGGACUUUCCAAGGCUGAAGAAAAGAACUGUGAUGUUCUUGGUCGACUUCUCUACACAGCAAAGCUUGUAGCCAAACAGGAAGGUCUUCUAGAGAAUGGAUUCAGACUCGUGAUCAACGAUGGGCCUGAUGGAUGCCAAUCUGUUUACCAUCUUCACCUUCAUCUUCUCGGGGGACGACAGAUGAACUGGCCACCUGGCUAAGAGGACGUCGAGACGAACUCCAGAUUUCAUCCUAUCAUAUAUGU